AUGGGCUCUGGGGGCAUGCUGGAGCUGACACAGGCCGAUGUUCCGUACGGAGGCCAGUGGCAGUUGUGCUUAUGUCCCACAUACGACGGUGCAGAUGCCGACGGAGAGGCAUGCAGCUCCACAGAGGAAUUCACCGUCACGGCCGGGAUCCUGACGGUGGUGGGCCCCUUUGUGCAGGAUCGGAUCUGCGUGGCCGGCUCCGACUGCGUUCUCGGGGGCAGUCUCGGCGGUGGAUUCGUCGGCCAGAGUUUAUCGGCGAACGACAAGCUCGCAUUGACACCCUUCGGAGGAACUUGUGGCUACUCAGGCCACGAUGUGGACCAGUUUGGCGCAGGCUACCUCGCGCUUAGCCUUGAUGGCUCCAACUACAUCCACAACCUCUCAGCAGGUGUUCUCGGCAAGGGUGGCCGCUGGAACGUGUGCUACUGUGCUGCAGGAUCCGUAGGCGCAGGCCACUGUACCGACGUUGCCCACUUCGGAGCUUUUGCUGGCUACCUGCAAGUGAAUGGACCCACUUCCAACACGCAGGACAACGACAGCUGCUAUUGGGGUCAAUAUGGAAUCGGCACGAGUCAGGAGUGCAAUCGGGCUUCAUUGGAGGACCGGACGUGCACUGCCGGCUUCGCUUGCCGCAUCCACGUGGCCGGCGAGAGUCUGCAGGCAGGUGCCUGUGGAAGCAGCCGGGAUGCUGCGAUGCUGGGCGGCGGCACUGUCUCCGUCCAGAGCGGCGGCGUCACGCGGCUUUGGGAGAUGCGGGGAGCGGUCCUUGAGCUCUCGGCUUCAGACUUGCCCGUCGGUGGGCAGUGGCUGAUCUGCAACGUCACUGCCACGGGCCAAGGGCUCUCCUCGCUGGACCGGCUCCGAGCUGCUAACACUUCCUCGUGUGGAGCCGCGGCUGCUGCGGGGAUCUUCCAGGGAGAGGACAAGGAGCUGAGCUUCGAUCAGGGUUCCGGCCUGGCACAAUUGAUGCUGUCCUCUGCCCAGCUGCCGGCAGUCUCGUGGCCGCCAACAGGUGAUGAUGAUGACGAGUUCGGUGCGAAGCUGGGGUUUCUGACAGUCUACGGGCCCAGCACCAACGGCCUGCAGGUUGCCUGCACUGCAGGGCAGUCGUGCACCAUCCAGCUCGUUGGCUACAUCUCGGUGGGAGACUGGAUCGCUUUCAUGUCCAACGAUUGCGGUGUCGAUGCCCGAGAUCCCUCGGUAGGGGGAGAUGCAUACCGCCCACUCCUCUACUCUUCCGGGACUUCGACCUGGGAUGCCAUCUUGGCUGCGGGAGAUGUGGGCUCAGGUGGAGCCACGGAGCGAGGAGGGACGUGGCACAUCUGCUACUGCUCUUCAGCUGAUGGCGCGGGCUGCAAUGCGGCGGAUGACUACACAACCCGCGCAGGCAUCCUCACUCUCUACGGCCCGUUGUCCAAUCAGGACCUCCUGGCCAGGCCCUGCAGUGCCCUGCAGCCCUUGGGCCUGGCGAAGUCUCCGCCUGUUUCGGGUAGCCUGUACGCUGCGUUUCGCCGGGCAGCGGCUUACCAGCUUCGACCACUUGGCACUGGUAGCAGAGGAGGCUUCCUCGCACUUUCGGGCCAGACACUGAGUUUGGCAGGCUCCGCCCUUCCUCAAGGUGGAAGAUGUGCCACUGUCCUGAUGACUCUGGUGGCGCCGCAUGUGGUGACAACGGUAAUGCUGAUUUCGGAGUGCUUGGUCUGCAAUUCAGGAGUGCUGGCUGGGAUUCUCGUGGUGCGAGGUCCCAGUCCGUCGCAGUCCUUUCUGUGCGUUGCCGGCGUCAACUGCGUCCUGGACAUCCGGGGCACGGAGCUCGCAGCCGAGGACCGCGUCGCGCUCGUGCCGUCUGCCGGGUCCUGUGGUGCAGAUGAGCGGAGUCGCUUGCUCGCUCGGGACAUGUACCGGCAGGCAGUGGAUGCAGACGGCAACCUCUCGCUUUCAGCUGCAGACCUUCCGAUCGGAGGAACCUGGCGGGUUUGCUACUGCGCAGACUUCGAAUCUUGUGACUCUCUGGGUGACUUCGCUGCAGAUGCUGGGCUGCUUACAGUGCAUGGCCCGACGAGUGCACAGGACUCCACUUGUCGAGCUGGGCUUGCCUGUUCCGUACCCAGUGCCGGCUUCACGGCAGAGGGUCGCAGCACACAGGAUGCAGUGGCCCUGGUUUCCUACGACGACGACUGCGGCAACGCGACGGCGAGCGUGCUAAGCACCGGGUCCGGGAACUUUAGGCAAGUGGCGAGUGAUUUUCAGCUGGACCUCCUGCCGUCUGACAUUCCACAUGGAGGACGCUGGAAGAUGUGCUACUGCCUCGCUACACCGCUGGGCGACCUGAAUACGGGUAGCUGCACUUCCUUGACGGACUUCCGUAUUUCUGCAGGGCUGCUGACGGUGCUGGGUCCAAGUUCGCAUGCGCAGGAUACGACGUGCCGUGCAGGGGUCCCUUGCACUUUGGGCGGCGCACGGGGCUUCCGCGGAGAGACGUCCAAGGGCGGAGACAAAGUGGCCCUAGUGGCCAGCAGCGGCACCUGUGGCAGCACGGCACUCGAUUCCAACGUGGGUUUCGGGCAGUUUCUGGACCUCACCUGGCUGGAUCAAGUGGAGCUCAUCGCCCUCCAGGUGCCUCAAGGAGGGCAGUGGCUGAUCUGCUUCUGUAGUGACGGAUAUGGAGGAUGCAAUUCCUUCGACGAUUUCCCCGUGCUGGCAGGGAUGCUCACAGUCUUGGGGCCGAGCCCGGCGACGCAGGACGUGAACUGUUUGGCUGGACAGCCUUGCACCCUCACCGGCCUGGCGGGAUUCACUGGACAGGGCCUCAACGUGUCCGCGGACAAGGUGCUUUUCACUACAGGCGUUUGUGGUGUUGCCGACAAGGAUGUCACCAUCAAUCAAGACCUGUAUCUUCCAGCAGGUGACCAAGAGUUGAUUUUAGCUGCAGCAGACUUGACGGCCCGUGGAUCCUGGCGCAUGUGCUACUGCUCCGAUGGCUAUGCAGCGUCCUUUAUCUCUGAUGGCUGCUCAUCUCCGCUGGAUUUCACUGCGUUCGUCGGCUGGCUCUAUGUGCUUCCGGCCAUCAGCACCGGAAAUCUUUGGACACGCGUGCAAUACGCCCCUUUCAAUCUUGCAAUCAGUGCCGUGGGGUUGGAUCGGAGCAGUCCGGCGCCUCAAGGGCGGCUGAAGCUCAUCGACGAAGGCGGCAGCUGCCAGUCCGAUGCGCUGAGCACGAACGUCCUUGGCCUCAGCUGUGGGGGUGUCCUGGCCUGUGACACGGAGCCCACCGUCUACGAGCUGCCUUUGGGAGAGACGGUGCAUUGGUGGGCGGAUUUGACGGUAACAGAGAUUGGCAUCUACCAGGUUUGCCAUUGCGACACUGCCUGCAGCACGGCUUCGAGCUGGGUCGAUACAGGCACCCUCCAUGUACAAUCCCCGGUGUCGCUGCUCAGUCCUAGUGGCAACUACGGCAUGCCGGGAGCGAUUGCUGCACAGGUGGCAUCGGCCACUGGUUUACCUACGCCUCUGCUCGAGUGGCGUUUCGAUGAUGCCCAAAUCGAGUCCAGCAAUUCCUCGGCAGGCUUAGAUUGGAUUGGGAGCAACACCGCACGUGGAUCCGGGUCUGGCAUCUUGCAACUGGAGUCGGAGCCGACAGGGCAUCACUUGGAGCUCCUUUCCGUUGACUUUACGUCGGUGUGGGUGGAUGGCAGGGCCGGAGGAGCCAUAAGCUUUGAUGGCUCUGCCUGGGGCUCCCCCCAUCCCAGAGACCUGUUCUCUGCAUCUGCACUCGGGCUUCCGGUGCAAGAGAUCACUGUAGCGGCAUGGAUCAAUGUCGAUUCCUUUGUGGAUAAAGGUGGCAUUAUUUCCUUUGUGCAGUUCGACGGUGAAGUGUCGGCUGGCUGGUCGCUCUUUGUGUCCUCUGCGGGUCAGGCGCACUUUAUUUUAGCCACUGAGUUCAGUGGCUCUGAUCUUUUCAGGCACGAGGUCAACUGGUUGGCAUCGCCGUCGUUUAACACGCAAACCUGGCACCAUGUGGUGGGCACGUACGAUGGCUCCCUAGCACGAUUGUUCUGGGACGGCGUGGAGGUUGACAAUCGUUCGGUGGCCUACCUAAACGGCUACUCAAAUUUCCUCCCAGAUGCCAACCACACGCACGGUCGGAUUCGAUACUUGGACUCUGUGCUCUCCGUCGGCGCUUUUGUCGACAACCACAACCAGGUGUACUUCAGGGGACUCCUGGACGAGGUCCAGGUCUAUUCCCGGGCCCUGGUCACAUCGGAGGUACGACAGCUCUACAUGAGGUACACCGAGUGCAGCCUCUUCAAUCUUCAGUGCAUGAAGUCCGACUAUGGCUUUCUGCACGUUGGGAGCGGCGAUUGUGCCAACAGCUCCAGCACCCAGUGUUGGUAUGGCAUGCCGAGCCAGAUCCUGUGGAACGUGCAAGUUGUCGGCACCACUGUGACUGGGAUGUGGGGCCGGAGCUAUGCGGAGCGGCCGAGGGGUUUCUUUCGCUUCCAUAUGGCGGAGGACUGCCUCAGCUUCCAGGGAUGCUGGGGGUAUCUGCCACAUCGCCAUUGCGAUGAUGCUUCAGACUUGUCCUCCGGUCCCUGGCAGGGCCAAGCUCCGGUCACUUCCCGUACAGCCCGGUUGGGCGAGGUUCUGACUUUUGCCGGGACCGGUACCGCGGGGCUGGAUGGACUGCAUGGCGACGACUGUGCAGAGGAGGUACCGGUGGAUGAGCCAAGCGGCCUGGCACAUGGCACCGGCCCAGCUGGCGCACCCCUCUACCAGGCUGAGCGGAGCCGACAGGUGAUCCGAGGCAUUGACUUGGGAGCUCGCUUCUGCCUGCAGCCCGGGACGAACAUCACAAGCGGGCAGGCGUUGUCAGGGCUUUCGUCAAGGUCUGCACGCGAGUGCCAACAGAUAUGUCAAUCCACGGCUGGCUGUGAGCACUUCAAUUUCAUGAUUGACAUGUCCGGCAGCAGUACAGACUUUGGCACAUGCACCCUCUUGGAGAGCACAACUUCUGGGACUGGGGGCUUCAUACAAACAGACGACAAUCCCGCUUUUGUAUCCGGCCCAGCUGUGUGCAAGUUUGCAUCAGUGCGGGAUUUGGCCGGAGUCCGUGACACAGCUGGCGCCGUGGACAACGCAAACCCGUUGUUGUCAGAGUUCUCUGAGCCUGCCGGCUUAGGCAUCUGGCAAGAUCGGCUCUUCAUUGCAGAUUCUGCAAACCAUCUCAUCCGCCAGUUGGACAUGGCCACUGGGGCAGUGACAACGGUGGCAGGCACCGGGACCAGAGGCUUCACUACUGGAGACGACGCAGCAGCUGCCGCAUUGUCUCGGACGCUAGACGCGCCCCAUGCGGUGGAGGUGAACCAGCUAGGCCAGGUGUAUUUCACCGACUCGGUCAACAACCGGAUCCGGCUGUUGGAUGUCCAGACGAACACGCUGUCCACCGUUGCAGGCUCAGGAGCCACGGGCUUCAACUCGGGCGUUUUCGAAGGGGACGGAGGGCUGGCUACCCUCGCGCGCCUGGCCAACCCCAGAGGCCUUUUGCUUUUCGGUACGCUUCUGUACGACUCGGAGAUUGAAGAUGGUGAUCAUCGAGUAAGGGUGGUGGACCUCGCAACCGGGCUUAUCUCCAGCGUGGCUGGCGAUGGUGCGGUGGCUUUUUCCGGAGACGGUGGUGAUGCGCUCUCUGCUUCGCUUAACUACCCUUCCGCGAUCGCACGUCAUCUGGAUCACCUGUACAUCGCCGACGCCUUGAAUCAGCGAGUGAGGCGUGUGGACCUCAUCUCCAACCAGAUCACGACGCUGAUUGGCAGCGGGACAGCCGCCAGCACCGGGGACUUUGGUCACAGUACGCUGGCGCAAGUGAACAGGUACUUCUGGAAGACGAACCCAGCUGUUUGCUGCGCCGGCCUCUUGUCUGAACUGAGGACCAUUGCCCGCAGUGGAACCUCUAUCGGCGUCGGCUCCACGUUCGGGUUUCGUGCUCUUACCACGGACGGCCUCUUUGGAUACGCAGGCUCUGCCACCUCUCCAGCGAUCUCUGCCGGGAAGCUGGUCAAGUUCCUGCUCAGCGACGUGAGCGUCCACAGCGUAGUGACCCUUGCUGCUGGCGAGCUGACACCGCGGGUGGCAGUGACAAGCGGCGAGUUUGUCCUCUUCGGCCUCCGCACAUCCCCAGGCCAGAUUCUGCAGUUCCGGAUUCCACUCUUCGAAAAGGUGGGUGCCAUCACCUUGGAUGUCGGUGACGACUUCGUUGAGUGUGGAACGAGCGAUGCGGACUACGCCUACUUCGGACUCGAGACUGAUCCCGCAGUGGUCUUGAAGUUCGAGUACGGAGAUACGCGGAAGCUCAGCGCAGCCUACAGCCCGUCAGAUUUCGAGCUCGUCUCGCGGGUACAGCGCAGUGCUGUGAGCGCGCGCUUGCUGGCUGCCUUGGCUGCGGACGAGGGCCAUCUCUAUGCAGCAGGGCAGGAGCUCGAUGCCUCAGUGGGCCUGGUCUUAAAGCUUCGAAAGGAGGAUCUGAGUCUCAUCGCUUCCUUUGCCGCAGUCCUGCCGUACGCCACGAUACCUACCAUUGCGGCAGUGACGGUUGCUGGCGGCUACUUGUUUCUGGCAGGAUCUUCUGCCUAUGUGGUGAAGGUCAGCACAGAGAAGAUGGCCCUCGACAGCGCCGAGCUGCUCUUCGAGGGCCUGGAGGGCGACGUCAAGGCUAUCCUAUCCGAUGGGGCUAGUAUUUUUGUCUCCUCAAGCGUUCCUGGCUUCCAGCGGGUCGUGCGACUCCGCUUCCGAGAUGCGCAGCGGCGCGGAGCUCUACUCUUUGACGGCUUAAGCAUCAACAGUGCCACCGACGAUGGCCAUGCUGAUGCCUUUAUCCUCCAUGGAGGCAAAGUCUACAGUGGCCAUUCCAUGGAAAAGAUCUCUCAGAUAGAGGCGCCCCUCUUCCGGGAUGGCGGAGUGUACUUCAUCCAGGUCUCCUGCCAGGACGAGGCUUGCGCUUCCACUGCCGGAGGCUUUGCCACCGGGGUGGGCGACGUGCUGCCGAUUUGUGCGACAAUCCCGGCUGACGGUAUACACCACGAUGUGGCCUUGGGCAGCUGUGUCGGAAGCGGGCAGCGAUGGGUCCUCAGUGACCAGACGAUCCGGAGCCUGGACACGGAUCUGUGCUGGCAGGCCUACGACUUCUCAGGUGACGGCGUGAUUGGCAGUGGCGAUCGAGUCAGGGUUUCACUUUGCGACGCUUUUGACGAGCGCCAGCAGUUCAGGAUCACCGGCCAGCAGCCACCGGAGGACCCGUUCAUGCUCCGGCUGCAGGGUGCGUGUGUGGAUGCGUCUGACUGGGAUGUGACGCUGGUGCUAGCAGCAUGCGAUCCAAGCAAAGCUUCCCAGACCUGGGCCGUGACUGAAGGUUUGGGUGUGAGAUCGGACGGGGAGCCGAAUGCUCCAAGAGCUGUGCAGACUCUGGCAGGCACAGGCGUUGCCUGUACAAGUUCCGGCUGUGGUGACGGGGGUUCUGCAACUGCCGCGCAGCUGGACAGCCCGCAAGGUGUUGCCGUGGACAUGGAGGGCAACGUUUUCAUUGCUGACACCGGGGAGCGUAGAGUGCGGGUUGUCACGCCACCGGGCACUGUCAGUGCCUUCGCUGGCGCUGGUGCCGUACCCACGACAUCGAGGGCGUGGUCCAGCUUGCCGCUCCCAGCUGAAACAGUACCGUUGGAGCCGGUGGCUCUGGCGGUUGAUCAAAGCGGUCGGCUCUUCAUCGCAGAAGCACGAUUUACAGGUGCUGGCCUUGCCAUCACAUCCGCGGUUUGGGUUGUGCCCACGCAAAAUUCCACAGAUGCGUACCCCUACUCUGCAGCCGGCAUGCUGUCCCUCGUCGCAGGGCAGGACUCGGUCCCUGGAUACGCUGGGGAUGGCGGUGCUGCGAGCGUGGCCAUGCUCAAUGGGCCGGUAGCACUGGCAGUGGACAGCCUCGGUGACCUCUACGUUGCCGACAUGCUAAAUGGCCGAGUACGCAAAGUAGCCAUGAACUCCAGAGUGGUCGUGCUCAGCAACACUACCCCAAUCGUAUACACCACAACACCGCAGAUAAGCACUUAUGCCGGAAAUGGUGUUUACGGUUUCGGCGGCGAUGGUGGUCCAGCAGCAAGUGCACAGUUUCGGCAUGUGGUUGGACUUGCGUUUGAUCCUCGAACAGAUGACUUGUACAUUGCCGAUCAGGGAAACUCAAGGAUUCGGCGGGUGACCAAUGCGACAGGCAUCAUCGAUACCUUUGCUGGUUUGGGGCUGUCCGGUGACACAGGUGAUGGAGGGCUCGCAACAGUAGCGAGACUGAAUCUGGAUCGCGCGCAUGUUGCUGUGGAUACUAUGGGCUAUGUGUUCGUGUCCGACAGGGGCAACAACCGAAUCCGGCGAAUAGACCCUUCGACAGGAAUCAUUGAUGGCUACGUGGGCAAUGGGGUGAUCUCACCAUUACGGGUUGGAGGCUACGCAGCACUGCCAACCACGACGCCUUUCCGUGAUGGUGUGACUCUGCGAUCACCAGCGCAGAUGGUGUUUCCGCCACUCCCUGUGGCUCCCAUAGACGUGGCUGAAACUGAAUCCAAGCUGCAGUGGAGGGACCUCUACAUAGCGGACGAGGGCAGCCAUCAGGUUCGACAGCUGAUCUCGCUGCGAAACCUGGCAGGAGUCUGUGUCUACGGAGCACCUUGCCAGUUAAAGAACCUGACAGGCCUGGGAGCCUCAAACUAUGCCUUGUCAGCUGGAGACCGCCUCGCUGUGAUGCGCAUGAAAGGCGCACCUUGCGGGCGAGGUACUUCGUCCGGAGGAUGGUCGAUGGCAGCACGUGGGAUGCCGCAAAACGGUGUGUCACAGCCUGCUACGGAUGCAGCUGACUUCAGCUUCGGACCCGAACCGGUGUUGGCUUUGCCGGGCCACUACCAGCUUUGCUGGUGUCCUUCAUCGCGGGGAUGUUCCGACGAAGUCAACUUUGCGAUUCCCGCCGGGAUACUCAUAGUGAAGGGCCCCUUCCUUGGGAACUCGCGGACGUGCCAUGUUGGCCAGGCCUGUGGCGAGGCUGGAGAGGUCGCAUCUUUUCGCGGAGUCGGGCUUUCCAACGGCGACCGCUUGAUGGCAAUGGUGUCCUGCUCGGAGCUUGCAGGAGCAACUGGUGCUGUGGGGUUUCCAGAGGUGCCCGGACGGGCUAGAGGAGUUUCCUUAGAGGCCGAGCAGCACGGAUCAAUGUUCAGCUGGGGCACACAGGGGGCCUUCAAUGGUGCCAUACUGGCAGGUGGAGAGUACCGCCUCUGUUGGUGUCCCAAGGGGUAUGAGUGCAACACUCCGAGCGCUUUUGGCCUGGACAUUGGCCAACUGAGCGUUGUUGGGCCUUAUGUCUCCUGUGACAUCAGCACACCCGGUCAGUGUGCAGACCAAAACCGCGAUGUGGUCGGAGGCACCGUCUACAACAUCACCGAUCUUGCUGGAUUGGGACUUCAAGACGGUGACACAUUGAUGGUUCUCGAGACGUGUGGCGUUCCUGGUGCGAUGGUGGAUGGAUUCCCCAACGGAGGUGUCUCCAACCCCGCCAGCGAGGAGGGCUCCGCCUUCAUCUGGGGGACUGGCGAGGAAUUCGUCACUGCGAAAGGGGGCGAAUACCGGCUUUGUUGGUGCCAAGCCGGGCGGUCCUGCGCUGUUGCGGAGAACUUCAAUGCAGACAUUGGGAGCGUGGUGGUGCGAGCCCCCGUGGGCUUCCAGGCUUUCGCCUGUGCAACCUAUGAGCGCUGCAGCUUGAGCGAGCUCCAGGGCGUGAAUCUUCAGGACGGAGAUCUGGUCCAGAUCAUGAGCACCUGCGCCCAAGCUUCCGGUUUUACUGCCUGCACCGACCCGGACUAUUGCGUAGUACCCGGAUCGCAGCGCUCGAGCAAGGCUACACAGUCGGACUACUUGGGUGAGAGGCUCCAGUACAACAACUUGACCAUCAGUUUCGGUCCUGAAGAGGUGCGUGCUCCGAAUGGCGCAUAUCGGCUGUGCUGGUGUGGGGGAGGUUCUGGUUCUGACUGCAGCUCCCCUCUCGGCUUUGCGAUCGAUGCAGGAGCCAUCACAAUUGCCGGCCCCCGUUCGGGGCAAGAUCGGACCUGUGUCAGCUCCCAAAGCUGUACCAUCUACAACAUCACCGGCAGCUUCUUGGAAGAUGGCGACAGGCUCAUGCUACUGGAGAGCUGUCGCACAGGAACGGGCCUCACCGACACUGAAACGACUCUCAUGGACUUCGCAACGCGUGGCAUCCUUGGAUUCCCGGACUUCGGGCGUUCCCUGCCUGCGACAGACAACGGUGCCACGUUCACCUGGGGCUCCGAUCCCAUUUUGACAGGUGGCAAAUACAAAAUGUGCUGGUGCUCCCGCCAGGCCCAUGAAACUCUUCCGUGUGACAGGGCCGAGCGAUUCAAAAUCGAAGUUGGGAUGCUGACGGUUGUGGGCUUUGCAGAGAACAAGCGCAGUUGUUUCGUUGGCCAGCCGUGUGAGGUGGAACAUCUAGUCGGGUUCCCAUUGCAUGAUGGUGAUCAGGUGUUGCUGCAGCCAGCAACAGGCACUUGUGGCAGCAGCGGUGAGUUUCCAGGUGCUUCUUUGUCUGGUUUUGCAUUCAACACCACAGAGCACGUUCACGACGAAGGCGGUGGUGGGAUCGUCCAGGACUUGUCGUGGUCGCCCUUGCAGCUCCUUCCUGGGAGCUAUCAGCUUUGUUGGUGCUCAGCCUUGGCAAGCUGCGCAAACAGCUUGGACUUUCAAGAGCGGGCAGGCUCCUUGGAGGUCCUGGUGCAGACCAUUGGGCACCUCCAGCUGGAGCUGACGGAGUUUCCAGACUCAGAGGCAGUCAUUGCGGAGGUCAGCUUCCAGGACUGUGCUGGAGAUCCUUUGAAUGUGUCGGUUCCCGGUCGCUGGAACGGCUCCACAGUGAGCUUCGAGGCAGCCGUGGACGGCUCGCUCAGCACGGCCUGGGUGGUCAGUGCCACGGGAACGCAAGUGCUCGCGUAUUCUGUGCCAGAUCAGUGGACGGAGGUGAACGGCGUGAAGUAUUUACGAAGCGACCAAUACGAGCUUUGCCGCUACAGCAUUGCCACCUGGUACGCUCUCUCCUCGGCAAAUGCCCUCGCAGUGGGCAGCUCUUCCAGGGGGCGGCUAGGAGGAUGGACGUUGAGAGUGCGGGAGGCCGAAGCUUCGUGGGAGAAUGAAAUCGGGGCGUCAGCCUUGAUACCGAUUCCGUGGGAGAUAGUCGACAGCCAAACGGGCCACACCUUGGGCUGGGAGGACUUGCAGGUGCGGUCUUGGGUCAGCAAGUAUGUGGGUCCCCUUCGAGGCCAUUAUGCGGAGUGCAGAGCAAGCUUGCCAUGCGACGUGCCCGGCAUCCUUGGUGUCGGUCUGGCGGCGGGUGACCGGCUGAUGGCUUUGUCCGAAGUUCGCGGCUCCGGGCUUUCCUUGUACGAGCGGGCUUCGUCGAUUUGGAAUCUGACAGCUUCAAGCUGUGGGUCUGGCACGCCACCGGCUGGCUUGGGAUCUGGUGCCACCUUGCCUACCUCCGAAACGGCAGCGGUCAACUUGACGGUUCCAGCGGGCCGCAUCGCCAACUUUACGUGGGGAGACGGCGCAGGCCAGUACAUCACAGCCUCCGGGGGCCUCUUCCGACUGUGUUGGUGCGGGGCGGAUGCCACUGGAUUAGGAUGCCAGGUAUCGGAGCAAUUCGGCCUGGAAGCAGGGCACCUGAGAAUCCGUGGCCCCGGCCUUGUGCCUCAUGAGACUUACUCUUGGAUCUGUGUAGUGGAAGCUGCCAUCAGUGCAUUCCAUCCUGGCUUCGGCAGCAGUGUGGAGAUUCUGCCGAGCGGCGGUGCUGACUUCGGCAAGUACAGUGAAGCAGGUUGGCUGGGCUUCGGCUAUGGCCGUCCACCCCCAACGCCAAACUUCACCUCCGAGUGCAACAUUUCGGACGUCUUUGGCGAAGACCUGACAGAGGGCGACAGGUUGCUGGUCCUGGACCGCUUCUCCUGUGCCGAUGGUCUGCCUGUACCGGGAUGGCCCGGGAACAGCCUGUCCUUGCCAAGCACGAGCAACGGUAGCCAUUUCUUCUUCGGCGCGGACCUGCCGAGCACGGUGGACGUCUUCAACCUGGAGUUGCAGACCUGGGGCGACACUUGGGAGGUUCCCAGACCAUAUGCCGUUGGAGGCCACGUUUACGGGCUGUGCUGGUGCCCACAACAGAAUCCGAACUGCGUGGCAGCGACUGCGGCCAGCAUCGCUGGCACUACACAGGUCACUGGGCAAGGUUCCGGAACGGUGCUCAGCACCCCUGCAGCGACGCUGGAGGGAGGUGAGCUGACAUGCGCGAGAAACAACCCGAACUGCCACCAAUCAAGGAACGACUUCAACUUACCUCUGGGACGCCUCGUCGUUUUGAACCACACAUCCGAGGUGCGCCUUUGCUGGCAGCGUUGCCACGACAAGUAUCCGGAAGCCUGCAGAGAGAAGCGAUCCCGCCUGGUGAUCCCUGGCGUCGUCGACUUCUCAUCGCAGUAUGACAACAGCAGCUUUGCUGCCGCAAACCUGGGCUUGCGGAGCGGGGGACAGUGGCGCUCGUCCUUCAACGCGAUCCAGGACCAGUGGCUGGUUCUGGACUUGGGCGAGGCCUCGCGACCGAGACGCCUCAUGCUGCCGCUGUGGGGUACGGCGGAGAACCCAAGGGAGGCAUGGCUGCAAUCUGCCCACGAUGCCCUGGGCCCGUGGGAGGACCUUGUCGAGUUUGGCGUUCCAUCCUUGGAGUCAACACUCGUGACUGUGGAGAUCCCUGACGGUGCCGUGGCGCGCUUCCUACGACUUGGUCUUGCAGGGAACUUCGGCGCAGCCUGGGGCCUCGCCUUGCGAGGUCCUGUGCGGCUGGCUGUGGACCCGGAUGCCGAAAGCAACUCCACAGGCGAGGAUGGCGAGCUUGAUGAGCUGUGCGCACGCAGCUAUUGCUACGCGGGCUGCGGUCUGCUUGCUCGACGGACGAUUGCAGAGAACGGGAUGGCUGUAGAGGAGCUGCCACCAGCCACCGGAGAUGCGGCCUUGCUAAACUUCGAAUGGCCGCUAUGGGUUCAGCAAUUGGUCCGAGUCAACGCGUCUGGCUGCGAGGCUUGGGCUCCAAGCUGCUCAGCGGACAGAAAUCUCCAAUCUGCCUGCCUGGAUGGCUGCGAGUUCUGGAGGGGCCCUACAGCCAGAGGGGAGCUUGGCUUCUUCUGCAACAUGGGAGUUGAUCUUACCGGAGCCUUGGUCGGCGUCGAUGGUGCCUCGCGCGUGACACUGCAGAACAGUUCGAAUGUCUCCUGUGUGCUGAACGUCAGUGGCCAGCAGAUGCGAAGCAGCGACUACAUCCAAGUGGUGCCGGGACGACAGCCUUGCAGGACGGCCCAGGCGAGCCCCGGGUCAUCCUUCCUGCAGCCGCGAGCGGCUGCAACGACUGUGGCAGCAGAUGGGAGCUGGGCCACCUUCGAUCUCGGCUACCCGACCGCCUCGGGACCUUUCCAAGUCUGCUACUGCCUUGGUGCCGAUGACUGCAGCCAGGAUUGGGCCUUUUCCAAAUGGGCAGGCACUGUCGCUGUCAUUGGAAAAGUGCGACGGAUGGACCCCAGCGGCUGGGAUCUCGCAGGGCAGGUGUCUGUGUUUCUGGAAAUCACGGACCUGGGCGCUCCGAUCAUCAACGUGACCUUCAUCUCCCAGGGACUGGAGCGGCCCUGUCUGUCUCCCAGCCCCGUCUUCGGCCAGGAGACGACUGCUGUCCAGUGCCUGAUGCCUGCGGCCUUCUCACCGGGUCUGGAGACGGUCACGGCGUUUACAGCGAAUGGUCUCUGGGCGACAUCAGUGGACAUAUUCAACCGCUUCGUGCGGGGUGGCUUCAUCAACAUUUCUGACACGUUCGGGCCAACCGUGGGAGGUGACAUCGUGACGAUCUACGUCUCAGAUCUGGGCGCACCCAUCGUGCGCGUCACCUUCGGGUUCAUCGACUCGCCAUCGGUUCUUGCAGACGGCCGUAUGCCCGGGAUCCGGGCCAUCGUCGAAGUUCCUGCCACGGCGGUGUCGGGCCUCGUUACGGUGACAGUGACGGCUUCCAACGGCAAUGUGGCCACGGGAAGCAACGUCUACAGCUACUACAGGGCGGGCGACAUCAGCAACCUGAACCCGCAGCAGGGGGAGAUGGCUGGCGGCACACGUGUCACCAUCGAGACUACGGACCUAGAUGCGACGAUUGUGGCGGUUUUCUUUGGCGGCACCGAGGGGCUCAUCGUUGGUGGUUCUGCAACGAGCAACUUCGUGGUUGCCCUGACACCGGAAAGCGAGGUUCGGGGUGCCGUGGAUGUGGUGGUGCUGGCCGAGAAUCAAAACGAGGCCAUCAGCAUCGGUGGCUUCACCUACCUCGCCGUCUGCCCAGACCCCGGUAUCCCGCUAAAUGGAGCCCGGAGUGGCGAGGACCUGUCCGAAGGUGCCGUGUUGAUCUUUUCUUGCCAGUUCGGGUAUGAACUGGUCGGCUCAGCCCAGUCCAUCUGCCAGAUGGACUACGAUUCUUUCGGCAAUGUGAUCAGUGAGACCAGUGCCUUUGCGCCUCCUGUACCGACGUGCCAAAUCGUCUCGUGCCCGGACCCAGGCAUUCCAGACUUUGGCUUUCGUACGGGUGGAGAGUCUGGAACCUUUGUGUUUGGCGACGUGGUCACCUUCUCCUGCAGCCCGGGGUACCUCCGCGUGGGGCCCACCGAGCUGCUUUGCCGCGGGGAUGGGCAGUUCUCGGGUUCGGCGCCCUCCUGCGAGUCGAACCUGGGCUCGCUGAACUUGGUUCGCUACCGCGCUCUCUUUCUGGCGAGCUUCGGUGAGGGGGAAGGCGUGUCACAGCUGGCCUAUCAGGAGGCCGAUACCAACAGGGAUGGCCUGGUGUCAGAGGAAGAGUUUCUGGUUCAAGCUGCUGCGAUUGGAGUCACACGAUCUGCAGACGCGGAGGUUCUCUACCAACAGAUCCAGCUCCGGCCGGGCACAACCUUAACCCAACAGUACAUCACCUUGGAUCAGUACAGAGUCUUGGAGCCGGAAGUGAGCAUCACCGAGCUCCGCACGCUCAUGGCCUCCGUGUUUCUUACACCAGCACAGAUGCUUGCGGGUGCAAGUCUGGACGGCAACCCCUCUGUGUCCAAGGAGGAAUUCGUCGGCCAAGUCGUCUCUGUGGCAGAGUUGACGACCGUGAAUGCUGAAGCUAUUUGGGAUUCAGUGGCCCGCCUUGGCCAGAGCCAGCUGGAUAGCAAUCACUACCUCCUUCUGAUGGGGCAGGAUGACCUGCAGACUCUUCGCGCCUUGAUGCAGGUGCGUUUCAUACUGGUAGAUGAUGCCUGGAAUGCAUCGAAUCCAAACGGAGAUGACCGAGUCACGGAGGAGGAGUUCGUAGGCUUUCUGUUGCAGGACUAUGGUCUUGAUGCCGUGAUGGGUGAGCUCAGCUGGAGGCACAUUGACGUCUUCUUUCAAGGCUACGUCCUCCUCGAGCGCUAUGUAGCCCUGGGGUUCGGAAGUGUGGAGGGUGUCUCGUUGGUCGGCUUCCGCGGAUUCCUGCAGUCACUCUUUGGCACAAAGGAGGCGGUGGUCAGCAACAUGGACUCGGACGGAAGUGGGAUAGUCACGAACGAGGAGUUCAAACGCUUCGUGACACGGACCUUGGGCCUCACCGCUGAGAACGCAGACGAUGUCUUGGCUUCCCUUUGUCAGGCUCCAACUGUGUUGCGUCUGACGGAGCGCCAGCUGGAUGCCAUAAGCUAUGACCUGACACUCCCCAGCCUGCGCAUCCUCCUGCGUGCGGACCACCCGACAGUGGAGGACGUGUUGGCCUUUCUGGACACAAGUCAAGACGGCCAGAUCAGCCAACAGGAAUGGGCAGCAGGCUUGUUGAGGAAGCGGGUGACCUCGGCAAACGCACGGGACCUCUUUGAGGUUUUGGACUCUGGCCAGCUGGGCUACCUCACCGUGGACACUUUGCGUCUCAUUCGUGGCCCCUUGGCUCUUUGCGACUACCGCGAGUUGGUGAAGCCCGAGCUCGGCGAUCUCAACCAGACCCUCUUGGAUGCUGACACGGACGGGAACCUGCGGGUCACACCGGAGGAGUUCGUGCGACAGGCGAUGCCCUUCUGCUUGACAGAGGUCGAAGCUUUGGCCGUGCACGCGGAGAUGGACUUCCUGAGCCAAGGCUUCGUGGACCUCUUUUCCAUGUCGCCGGCCAGGAUGCCUUUCGUCCUCCAGCGCGGCUCACUGGCGAGCUACCGCAGCUGUCUGCAAAGUUACUUUGGCGAU